AAGAAGACUACUCUUGGACCAGGAAGUGCGGUAUCAAAUGUGUCAGUUCCACCAUCAAAACAAACCAAGGCGAGACUACUGGGGAGCUGAAAAUUAUUGUUCCUGUGUUCACCUGGAGUCAUAUUCGUCUUGACAUGGAGGACACACUCUUCCAGCUAAAGUUCACUUCCAAGCAGCUUGAGAGACUGUCCAAGAAGGCAGAGAAGGAGUCUGAGAAGGAGCAGGCCAAGGUCAAGAAGGCUUUGCAGCAAAAAAAUGUGGAAUGUGCCAGAGUCUAUGCAGAGAACGCUAUCCGGAAAAAGAAUGAAGGCCUUAAUUGGCUGCGCAUGGCGUCUCGAGUUGACGCGGUGGCUUCUAAAGUCCAGACUGCUGUCACCAUGAAGGCAGUUACCAAAAACAUGGGCCAGGUGACCAAAGCUCUGGACAGAGCGCUGGGCUCCAUGGAUCUCCAAAAGGUCUCUGCAGUCAUGGAUAAGUUUGAAAGUCAAGUCCAGAACCUGGACGUCCACACUUCAGUGAUGGAGGAUUCCAUGAGCUCGGCAAUGACGCUGACCACGCCUCAGGAACAGGUGGAUGACUUGAUCCACCAAAUAGCAGACGAGAGCGGCCUGGAAGUGAUGGACCAGCUCAGUCAGCUGCCGGCAGGAGCCACCUCAGUGGGCGCAGAGAGCUCACGGAACCAGGAGAAGGAAGACCAGCUGUCUCGACGGUUGGCUGCUUUGCGGAACUGAGGGCUUCUCCAGGAGAGGUGACGAGACGUACAGCGGUGUGGAAGCAGACGAGUUUAAUGAUGGAGACAGGAGCUGCGUGUGUUGCUAUUGAACUGUUCCUACCAGGAGGACUUAAUGAGUCUAUUGAUUACCAUUCCCCUGCUCUAUAAAUAUACACGCACACAUGCACACGCACACAUGCACACGCACACACACGCACACAUGCACACACUAGAAAUACCACCUGAGACGGCAUGAGUCUCUGGUUCACCUUCACAUUUCGAUCCUUCUAUUCUGGUUUCUAUCUUCCCCUGUAUUCCCCAUUGGAUCUUAUUUUACCUUUCGCAUCUCCUUUUCUCUCCUGCUCCUCCUCCUGUGGCUACAUUCACUAGUUCUCAAACCACACGUUUUUGGAUGCAUGCUUUGUACAAAAACACAUUUUACAAACUGUAUAGUUUACAAUAAUGAAAAAGUUUUAAUAAGCAGUUAUUGUGAUUUAUAAGGGAGUUGGGUGUCCCUUGCUCUCUUCAGGUGAUGGUUAGGUUAUCUCUUUUAUUUUUUGGGGCUCUUUCAGUCAGAGAUGGUUUAAAUGGAUGAUUCUGUUGGGAUGAAGGGGACACGUACAUUAAAUAGGAAAGAAAUCUCAUUUUUGUUGGUGUUUGGUCAUUUUUAAGUUUAAAAUAGACGGCAACAUGUUGAUAACACUAACACACAUCGUCUCCCUCCUCCAUCAGAUUCAUCCAAGCAACUUCAUGACAUUAUAACACUGUAUAUAUCAAAGGACAAUCCUCAAACAGUGUCAAAAUGAUUUAUUUUCAUGUACAAAUUUAUUUUUAUUUAGAUUUCUUCUUGAUUAUUUCUCAUGCCUGUUUUCAGACUUUUAGCUUUGAACGCCUUAUUUGGAAUGCAAGUGCUUACAUAGGUGCUUCCCCCGCCAGUGCCUGAAGUAGUAGUAUAGAAAGCGAACAUCAGAAAACCGAAACUUGACAGACAUUGGUCAGAACAAGGAAUUUUCCAUUCCGCUUCCUGUCAGACAAGCCAGAGAUGUUUUUGUCUUGGUGUUGGUCAACUUCACUUCAACACUUACUGUGCUGAGUGGGAGCUCCAGUUUCCAUAACUGUCAUAGAGAACAUUUAUUAUCUCUUUAACUCUGUAGAGUAAAGUUGCCUGAUCUUUUGAAGCUCUCCCCCAGCAACACUGAAACCUCGCUCUAAUAUUUUCGGAAGCUUCUGUGUCUCAAAAUAAAGUAAUCAUCACCCCCCUGUCUCUGUCCCAUCCUAAACCCUUUCAGGAGAAGACUUCAAUUAAAAGCAGGGAUUUUUCUUCAUUUGACGAGUCAGUUGCUACUCCUUAUUUGCCAUGUAAACCAAGUAAACAAUGGCAACCGAGUGAGUUAACAGAAGAAUGGUUCUUUCUUCAUGCUUUUUGUGAGAUACCCGUCAAGUGAUUUCACUGAUUUUAGAUUUUUUUUCUUUGAGUGUUCAGUGUACAUGUCUGUGAGCGGUGCAGGCAGAGCAGAGCAGCUUCACCCACUGAUAAUGUUUUCGUCCAUUUUAACAGAGGGAGGGUUUCAUUUUUUACUUAAAGUUCAGCAGACUUUGCAGCACAUUUGUUUUCUAUAUUUAUCUUGUGAAAAUAAAAUCUUGCCCUCUGACGCA